CAUGGUCACUUCUUUCAUCAGAUCGAGUGUUAAUUGUCCCAUGACAUGCAUACCAGCCCCUCCCCGCUCAAAUCUCUCGAUCGAUCGAAAAAACCCAGACACGUGUGCUGUGCGCGUGUGUUGUGUCCCUGUCUUGUCUGCCACCGUCUGUGCGAGUGCCGGCGCAUCGCAUGGCUCUCGAACAGCGGGUGGGUGACAAAGGAAGCCACACCGACGAAUACGCGACACGUGUCUGUCCUUCCACUCAUUCGUCUCGUCCAAACACAUUGACUGACAAGAGGACGGCACCACUGCACCGCACACUCACGAAUUCGCUGCCCGGAGCUCACACGCAUAGCAACCAACGCAUUCACACUUUCCCUCUUCCCUCCCCCUUGUCAGCCUUACACAUAAGAGAGAGAUGCAGAGAAUGGCAGGCAGGCAACCAACAGACAGUCAGACCUUCAUUCAGGCAGACAGACCCUUACACAACCAUCCAUCCCUCGCCCCACCCACCCACCCUCUUGUCCCAUCCUGUCUGCUCCAUCCAUCCAUCCAUGGGUUUCAUCAAUUAAUCACUUUCGCACGGCGCGUUUUUUGGGCGCGGCCUUGGCGUUGCCAUUGUUGGGCUUGAGGCACUUGCUGGCGGGGUGGCAGCGGUGGCAGAGGUAGGGCUCCUCCUCAGGCCAGUUAUUCACCUCCUCGUUGGUCAUUCCCACACACUGCGAGUGGAACCACACGUGGCACUGGUCACACGCUAUCAUCGCUGACCCUGCCAUGACCUUCCCGCAGUAGCAGUGCGUGUUGUCAUAGUAGCUCUGCUGCUCCUGCUGCUGUUGCUGAGAGAUGCCUGUGUUGGCAUUGCUCGACGGCGUGGGUGAUGGAGGCGCCACACCGCCACCCGCGGAGGACCCGGCUGCUGUGGCUGCCGCGCGGCGAGGCUGCUGGCGUGACGCCAUGGUGGAGACAGAGGGCGGGAGCAGGGGCGACUUGACCUCGCCCUCACCCGCACCCUUGGCCCCGGCUGCCGUGCCGUAUGGGAAUGGCCGUUUCUUGCCCGCGUCGCCGUUGGUGCGGUCUUGGUCUUGCGAGGAGGGGUGGAGCUUGGCGCGGAUGGGUCGUCGCUUGUGUCCCGCCUCGUCCUCUUCCUCAUCCAUGAGCUCCUCGCCCUCGCCCUCCAUGGCCAUGUUGAAUGCGUUGGUGGGCAGGCCCUCCUCCAGCUGCCGCUCGUCGAGCUCGUCCAUGGCCGCCUGGUCGAGGGGCGAGGCGGCGAACGAUGCCUUGGGUGUCUGCAGGUGGCGCAUCAGUCGCGCGUUGGCCGCCAUCUGGUUGGUCCACUCGAACAGCGGCGGGGCGUCGGGCGGCGCGUUGGGGAAGAUCUCACGGUGGUCGCCGUCGCCUCCCCCUCCCCCCUCCUUGGCCGACGGGCUCUUGGCCUCCUCCUGCUUGAUCGUCACGGCCUUCCCUCCUCCCACGAUGGGCGCCUCACCGAAGAGGCCGCGCUUGAAUUGCUCCAGGUCGGCUAUGGAGGCCGUGAGGCGAGCAGCAUUCGCAUCCUUGCCCAGGAGGGAAAGCGGCUCGCCCUGGCUAACGCGGGUCUUGAGGUUUGCGAGUGAGGGGCGGAAGGAGGCGGGUUGGCUGGGCGGUGGGAGGCGCGACAGAGCGAACUGGUAGAGGGUCGCGUCGGGCAUGUCCACGUUACACACCUCGAUUUGGCUCAUCCUCGCUCGCUGGGAUGAGUAGGCUGGAGAACUCAGACCAGUUACUGGACUCAGACCAGAACCUCACCGGGAUCACCGAUUGGAAGGUUGAUGAUUCAAAGACCUUCAGCAGCGGCCUCUCGCCUCACAGAGGAGCCUUUCCCUCCCAGACCCAAAGCUCCA